AUGGCGGAGCCGGAGCGAGCGGAGGAACCGGAACCGGGACCGGAGCCGGAGCCGGUGUCGGCCGAGGCGGUGCUGAGGGAGCUGCGGUUGUUCGAGCUGUGCUGCCGGGACGAGGACGUCCCCGCCAGGCUGGUGGAGCUGUGCCUGACCCACGGCCUAGGCCCGGUGGCACUGGCCAACGAGCUCUUGGCCUUCGUCACCAGCAAGGACCUUGACACCGAGCUCUCCAGCGACAGCCUCCACUCCUUUGAGCAUGAGGUCCUCAUGAAGCGCAGCAGCAGAGCCUCCCAGAAGAGGGACAACCGCUGCAGUGGCCUCCACGACAUCCACUCUCUCCAGGAGCUCCUUGAUGAGGAAGAGGAGGACGAGCUGCUGGAUGCCUACACCACGCCGUCCAAGAAUUCCCAAAAACGCCCCAAUUCCACCCCGGAGACGCCGCGGCCCAAGCGGAGCCUCUCCUCCCGCAGCCCCUACGCACUCUUCUCCCCCAGCAGCUUCUCCCCAAGCGUCACCCCCUCGCAGAAGUACAGCGCGCGCAGCAGCCGCGGCGAGGUGGUGGCCUCCUUCGGCUCCAUCCAAGGUCCCACGUGGAGCGCGCACGGUGGCCGCGGUUGUACCCUGGCGCUCUUUGGUUCUCCGGAGGAAAACCUCACCAAAGCCUACAAAUUCAUGUUCCAAAAAGCACUUGAUGUCCGGGAAGUGUUGUUGUGGAGGAUUGAGGAGCUUGGUGAUGCGCUGAAGAACCACCAUCACCUCGAGGACUUCACCUCGGUGUUGCUUCCAGCCCAGGAACCAGUGACGGUGCUGGGCCAGAUUGGGUGCGACUCCAACGGGAAGCUCAACGCCAAGUCCGUGGUGCUGGAGGGCGACCGGGAACACUCCUCUGGUGGCCAAAUACCCCUGGAUCUAUCGGAACUGAGGGAAUAUUCCCUCUUCCCAGGCCAGGUGGUGGCGCUGGAGGGGACCAACAGCACCGGGAAGAUGAUGGUGGUCUCCAAACUCUAUGAGGGGGUGCCUCUUCCCUUCCACACGCCACCAGAGCCGGCCUCAGAGCAGCGCAUGGUGCUGGUGGCCUGUGGUCCCUACACCCCAUCCGACAGCAUCGGCUACGACCCACUCAGCGACCUCGUCACCGUCAUCACCCGCGACCACCCCGAUGUCUGCAUCCUGUUUGGGCCAUUCCUGGAUGCCAAACACGAGCAAGUGGAGAACUGCCAACUCUUGGGGUCCUUCCCUGACGUCUUCAAGCUCUGCCUGAAGAUGAUCAUCGAAGGGACGAGAAGCGCCGGCUCCCAGCUCGUGUUCGUGCCCUCGGCACGCGACGUCCACCACGACUGCGUCUACCCACAGCCCCCGUUCCACUACCCAGAGCUGCCCAAGGAGGACAAGCAGCGUGUGCACUUCGUAUCGGACCCCUGCACCCUGGAGGUGGAUGGCAUCGUGCUGGGCCUCACCUCCACCGACCUGCUCUUCCACAUGGGAGCUGAGGAGAUCAGCAGCUCCUCCGGAAUCUCGGACCGGUUCACGCGGAUCCUGAAGCAUAUCCUGACACAGAGGAGUUACUACCCGUUGUACCCCCCCUCCGAGGAGCUGAACAUUGACUACGAGAGUUUCUACCACUACGCGUCGUUACCGGUCACCCCGGAUGUCCUCGUCACCCCCUCGGAGCUGCGGUACUUCGUUAAGGAAGUGCUGGGCUGUGUCUGCAUCAACCCCGGGCGGCUGACGAAGGGGACAGUCGGGGGUACCUACGGCCGCCUGUACCUACAGCGGGACAACACCGGGGGCGAGCGCAAAAGCCCCUGUGUCGCCGCUCAGGUUGUGAAGAUCUAAGUGACCAGGAUGGAGUUCCUUAAUCCGACCACCUACAACCCGACUGCUACACCGAGACUGGUCAAACACACCUGGAACUGUGCUCAACAACACCCCAACCGCUCCCAUUGUGCGGAGCCCACCCUCUUCCCGCAACACCCAGACACAGCCGGGGCUCUGCUUCGCCU